GUGAUUCUCAUUAGAUUGAUCAGUGGGAUUUAAUACCCACUCUUAAACAGAAAGUAACCCACGUAGCCUACAAAGGAGGAACAGCUUAGUGGGUUUAACAACUAACAAUAAUACAUAAUUAAUUAAAUGAAAUAGUAUCCUUAUCAAAAGUGAGGCCAAUAAACUGCUGAAGCUGCACCAGCCCUUCGUUUCCUAUCUUCAAAAACCAAGAAGAGGAAGAAAGAACAGAACUUCCAAAACCCCUGCAGAGCCUUUUCAGCUUCUCGAGUCAAUCAGCUAUGGCAGCAGCUUCUCCUCCUCCUCCUUCCUCUCCACCUGAUCGCCAUGACUCCUCGUCCUCCUACUCCGGAAGAUGGGAGUACGAUGUUUUCUUGUGUUUCAGAGGCGGCGACACACGACAUGGUUUUACAAGCCACCUCAUGGCUGCUCUCUCAGACAAGAAAAUCAAAGCCUUCAUCGACACCAUGCUCCGGAAGACAGAGUCCAUCGACGAGCUCCUCUCAGUCCUCCAAAGAUCCACCCUUUCGAUCGUGAUUUUCUCCGAGAAGUUCGCGGAUUCGCCCUGGUGCUUGGACGAGGUGGCCACGAUUGUCCAAAGCAUCGAGAUAUUCGGACACCGAGCGCUGCCGGUGUUCUACAAAGUUGGUUGGUCUGACGUGGCAGGGGACUCUGGCCGUUACUCUGCCAUCAUCGAUGAAGAGCUUAAAGCGAGCUCUGAGGACAGCAAGAGAUGGAAGGAUGCUCUGAAAGCGGUGGCUAAUCGUGCUGGACGUACUUCCUCUGCGAUUCCAAUCGAAUCUGAAUUGAUUAAGGCGAUCGUGGAAGAUGUUCAGAAGCAACUGAUCGACAUGUCACCAAUCAUCAAGUCAGAAAACUUGGUUGGUAUGGGUUCGCGCAUUUUGGAGGUUGAGCAAUUGCUUGCCAUGGACGAACCAGAUGAUAUUCGCAUCAUUGGGAUAUGGGGAAUGGGUGGUUUAGGGAAAACCACGCUGGCCAAGGCUUGCUAUGAAAGGAUAGUUUCAUCAACGAAAGACAUCAAGCAUCAUUUCAUCAGGAACAUCAACCAAAUUUGCGAAAACCAGCAUGGGAUUGAUGGAAUAGUGCACGAGCUCUAUUCGAAAGUAUUGUCCGAGAGAAAUCUAAGUCAUGAAGAUUUGGAUGUGCAUUAUAUAAGAGCAUGCCUUUCUCGCUCGAAGGUGUUCCUUGUUCUUGAUAAUGUGGAGACUCCACGCCAAUUGGAGCAGCUACUUUUAGACGAUGUCUUCAAUCUCACCAGACUCUUUGCUGCCGGGAGCAGAAUCAUAGUGACAACAAGAAACAAAAAAGUGCUCCAAAAUGCGAGGGCAAAGAUGUAUGGCAUCAAGGGUUUGAAUGAUGAUGAAUCUAUGCAACUCUUUAGUUCCCGUGCAUUCAAGCAACAACAUCCCCCAUAUGUUUGGAUGCGCCUAUCACGUCUUGCAAUAUCAUACUGCAAGGGACACCCCUUGGCCAUUAGAGUUUUGGGGAGUGCACUGUUCGACGAGGACGAAAAUUACUGGGAGAGUUUCUUAAGUGGGUUGAGGCUGAUUCGAAACCCUGAAAUUGGUGUUAUUUUCAGGAAAAGCUACGAUCAAAUGGGACACGAUGAGCAGCGAGUGUUCUUGGAUGUUGCUUGCUUCCACCACGGAACGUCAAGAUCCAUAGUGAUACGCUACUUGGAAACCCUGUACCCAACCGCUCUUGCUAAUGUGAAGGACCUAAUUGAUAAGUCCCUCUUAACUUGUGUUUCCAAAGAGGAUGGAGAGAAGAUUGAGGUGCAUGAUCUGCUCAAGGAAAUGGCUUGGAGCAUUGUGAACGAGGAACCAAAGCUCGGCAAACGCAGCAGGUUGGUGGAUCCUGAUGACAUCUACAAACUAUUGGCAACUACGAAGGUGGAAAGUUGGACAACAUGUUAUAUAUACUCCUUCCUCAAAGGCAUAGGGAUGAUGGUUCGGCCGAGAAGGAAAAGGAGGAAAGUCAUUGACAUGGAUGAGAAAGACAAAUGUCCAUUGGAGGGACUGAGAACUACCGAAGGUAUCAGUUUGGAUCUUUCUAAAGCCAAAGAGAUGCGUCUGGAAGCAAAUGCCUUCAAAGGGAUGGAUUCUCUUACAUUUCUCAAAAUUUGGGGGCUGUCGGAAGCCCUGGGGAAGAAAAUCCAUUUGCCAUACGAUGGGCUUGACUCACUUCCUGAUGGUUUGAGAUGGCUGCAGUGGGAUGGAUACCCUUCCAAAUCACUACCUUCUGGAAUUUAUCCCCAACAUCUCGUUCGUCUUAUUAUACGGCGUAGUCCAAUUAAAAGCUGUUGGGAAGGAUAUUGCCAACCAAAGCUGGCGAAUCUGAUGCUACUCGAUCUCUCAUAUUGCUCCAAUCUUACUGCUAUACCUGAUCUCUCGGGCUCUUUACAAAUUGAGGAACUCCGACUUCUGAAAUGCAAAAGCCUAGUUGAAGUACCCUCUCCUGUUCAACAUCUGGACAAGCUGAUAACGCUUGAUCUUGGAUAUUGUAUAAGCCUGGAGGGUCUUCCAUCAAAACUUAGCUCAAAGGUUCUCAAGCAUGUUCGGAUAAACAACUGUCCAAAGGUGAAGCACUGUCCGGAUAUUAAUUCAGAGGAGUUGAUGGAAUUGAAUUUAGAUGAGACACCUAUCAGGGAGUUACCUAGUGCAGUUUACAAUGUCAAGGAAGGUGGCCGCCUAUAGCUCUUUGGUGAAAACAUCACCGACUUCCCUGCAAUUUCUACUAGCUUGAGGGAGUUUCACUUGUCGGAUACUGCAAUGAAAGAGAUGAAUUCUUCUGAGGUACUGCCGAAAUUUGGUGAACUAGUAUUGGAUGAUAACUCCCAACUCAAGAGCCUGCCAAAUAAUUUAUGGGACAUGGUCACGUCUUCUCUCUCUAUUUGGGGCAGCCCACUUCUUGAGAGUCUGCCUGAUAUCUCAGAGCCUGUGAAAGGUUUAUCCCGUAUUCGGAUAUCCAACUUUGGAAGUUUCAAAAGCCUCCCAUCUAGCAUCAACAAUUUAGUAUCUCUAAAAAAACUCAAUCUGGGAAAUACCGGCAUUGAGUCGUUGCCUUCCUCUAUCCAGGAAUUGGGCCACCUUGAGAGGAUAGAUAUGAACAACUGCAAAAGCCUUCAGAGUAUCCCGAUCAAUAUCCAUAAACUACCAAAGUUAGUUAGCUUGAUCUUGAGAGGAUGUGGAAGUAUUCUAUCUUUGCCGGAGCUUCCAUCAAGUCUCUCUGUGUUGGAUGUCGGUGGCUGCAAGUCCUUACAAGCUCUACCAAGCAACGCCACUAAGCUUAGUUGGAGCAGCCUCGCGUUUUACGAUUGCCCCAAACUAGACAAGACAGUUCCUGAUGAAAUCCUAGCAAAUUACCCAAUCUAUGCACCAUCAUCUGAACGUGUAAAGGGGUGCCAGCUUCAGUAUUCAGGGAGUGGGAUUCCGGAAUGGUUCACCUACAGAAGCGUGAAGGACAAGGAUAGUUCAUGUUUGACGGUGCAAUUGCCUCCUGCUAACUGCACUAGUAGUAAGCAACUAAUCAGAGGGAUUGCAUUUGGUGUGGUGUGUUCAUCUCCAAAUGCUUGGUUGUCUAUGAGUUGUGACUGCAACAUUGGCACCACUACUGUUGCCUCUUGGAACUGUUAUGCUCAGUGGGAUGUCAUGAAGUCAUCAUCAGACUAUGUGUUGCUAUGGUUCGAAUCAGGUGAGACAGAGUGCAUAGAAAGAGAAGGAAAAGCAUGGUAUGUGAAAUAUGCAGGCCACACUGUUUCGUUCCAUUUCUACCCUCAUGGAAGUGAUGGCAAGCGAUUGAAAAUAAAAAGAUGCGGGGUCUCUCUACUGUACUCAGUUUGAUUGAUGAACAAAAAAGAAACAGAUGGCAAGGUAUAUACCGAAUAAUCCAGAUGGUCUCUUCGGGAUUCUUUCCCCUUCAUUCCAGAAAUGUAAAACCUGAUGGCGAGCUUGAGUAUUCAGGGGGCCGAAUUCCAGAAUGGUUUACCUACAAAAGCGUGAAGGACAAGGAUAAUUUGUGUACAGUGCAAUUGCCUCUUGCUAACUGCACUAGUAGUAAGCAAACAAUUGCAUUUGGUGUGGUGUGUUCAUCUUCUGAUGCGUUGCCGUCUAUGAAAUGUGAUUGUGUCAUUGGCACUACAAUUGUUGCCUCUUGAAAAUCUUGUGCUUAGUUGGGAUGUCACGAAGUCAACAGCAGACAAUGUGUUCAUAUGGUUUGAAACAAAAGUAGAAGCAUGGUAUGUGAAAUAUGCAGGUCACACUGCUUCGUUCUAUUUCUACCUUACAAACGCAUUUGGAGGAGAUUCCAAGCUAUGGAGAAAGAAGAUGAAAAUCAAAAGAUGCGGGGUCUUGCUACUGUACAGGAAGUUUGAUUGACGAACAAAAAGAAACAGGUGGCAAGGUUGAGGAAAAAGCACAGAUGGGGUGUGGAUGAAGGGCAAAUGGCACAAGAGUCCAAGUUGCUUAUGGAAGUGUGGAGUGUAUAUGCCAUCAAUACUUGUUAACUCGUCUUGAUGAGUUCAAGCAUGGAAUUAUUAUGUGCAAUAACUCUUUUUUUUAAUAUAUUUUGAUUCUCCUCACGUGAUUGAAAGGCUGAAAAUGUGGGGAGGGAAAGGUUGUAAAUCCGAGGACUGACCCGGAUCCGAUUGAGCUAGUGGGUCAAGGGUUAAUGGGUCACCCGUUUUAGCCUAGAAAUAUGGAAAAGGUCAUUAUAUUGUACUUAUCCUGAUAAAUUAUAUCAAAUCUAAUCUCAAAUAUGAGUUAUAACAUAUAAUAUUACACCAAA